UCCGGAAGUCGGCCUGCAGUCUGGCUUUCCGUGGGUUCUGACGUGUGAGGUUUGAGUGUCUGGUAGGGUCGGGUGGCUGGUCCCCAGAUUUCUGCCUUUGUCGCCUCUUAGUUCACGCCUGGCGAUGGCGACCUACACCUGCAACACCUGCCGCGUGGCGCUGUACGACGCGGAGGCGCAGCGGGCCCACUACAAGACGGACUGGCACCGCUACAACCUGAGGCGCAAAGUGGCCGGCAUGGCCCCGGUCAGCGCCGAAGGCUUCCAGGAGCGGGUGCGGGCGCAGCGGGCCCUGGCGGAGCCGGAGAGCAAGGGCGCGGCCACCUACUUGAACGCGGCCAUCCAGCAGGCCAUCAAGGCCCAGCCGUCCACGUCACCCAAGAAGGCGCCCCUUGUGCCCGAGGCGGAGUCCCCGAGUCCCGUGGCCGUGGCUGCUGGAGGACGUGGGACUCAGCAGCGAGCCCCUGCCGAGAAACCUCCCCGGCUGCAGUGGUUUGAACAGCAGGCGAAGAAGUUGGCGAAACAGCAGAGGGAGGAGGAGAGUGAGGAGGACCUGGAUGGAGAUGACUGGGAAGAUCUUGAUUCUGAUGAGGAAUUGGAGUGUGAGGAUGCUGAAGCCAUGGACGAGGAGGAGGAGCAGGAUGCAGAGGAGGAAGAGACUGGAGUGAGCGCCCCCAUUGGCGCCAUCCCCGUGACGGACUGCUUAUUUUGUCCCCAUCAUUCAAGCUCCCUCAUGAAGAAUGUGGCGCAUAUGACCAAAGUCCACAGCUUCUUUAUUCCUGACAUAGAAUAUCUUUCGGAUCUUAAGGGACUGAUUAAAUAUUUGGGAGAGAAAGUUGGUGUCGGAAAGAUUUGCUUGUGGUGCAACGAGAAAGGGAAAUCCUUCUACUCCACGGAAGCUGUGCAGGCUCACAUGAAUGACAGGAGUCACUGUAAGCUCUUCACAGAUGGAGACGCUCUUUUGGAAUUUGCAGACUUCUAUGAUUUUAGGUAAGUCUGUGGUUUGUAAUGUGGGGGGGAGGGUGGUGAGUUCAUCCCAUUUGCUCUGAAGUGGUGUAGAUACGCCCAGGCCUGACCUUUGUCUGGCUCUGUCCAGUGCAGGAUUCUUGGUACCUCUGAGAACACUUGCAUAGGAGGGGGUUAUUUCCUGUCAUGUUGUAGCUGCGAAACUGAGUGUCACAGAGUUAAACACACAUACCUGAUAAAGAGAAGAUGUCAGGGCCAAACUGAAGUUUGUCUGAUUUGAAAACUUGUUUUUGUGGUUUCAGUGGUCAGAAGUUCAGCUUUGCCAGUGACCUCAUGAACAGAGGCCUGGAAAUGAGGUUUCACAUUUUGGUUUCCCUGAGAGUCCUUGAAUCACAAGCUGUCUCCUAAGGGAGUCUGGAUGGGUGGCGGCUUUCUAAGUCCCACAUCAUGCCACACAUUCAUGCUAGGCACUGCGGAACAUCUGGUUCCUAGUGUCCAGAUGCCUAUGACCUAGCACAGGUGUGCUGUGCAAGCCGGUGUGUGUAAUGACCAUGCCAGGUGUGCAGAGCCCACCUGAUACGGGUGUUCAGAAAAGUUCUAGUCUUAUAAAUUGUCCUUUUGCCUUUUCGUCCUGAUUUCUCAUUUCUCACUUGUAGUGAGGGAGAGUUUUUCAU